AUGAUGAUUAAAGAAGUUUUAGUUUUAUAUUCAAUUUGCUUCGUUUUAGUUGAAGUUCAAUUAAGUGAAGUUAACAAUUCAAGAUGUGAAUCAAAAUCAUGUGAAGAAUUUCCAAAAUAUCCUACUAAGAUAUUAAACACAUUCAAUCUUCUUUGGCCUAACCUUUCGAAAGAAAAACGAUCGAUGGAACUACAACACAACUCAAUCUUUACCGAACGAAAACUUUGCGAAUCUCAAUCUGCAUUCAUACGACCACAGAAGUUAAAAAACGUGAAUGAAGAAAUGAAAUUAAUCGUGAAUCAUCAAAAUUUUACGCAAAUCGUCAGAUUUGAAACUUGUUCCAGUGAAAACUUCCCAUGUACCUACAACAUUUACCCCAAAAGUGUAAAAUCCCAUUGUCGACAAAAUUAUUCAAUUAUUCAACUUUUGGCCUACGAUGAAAAUCAAAAUUGUCUCAAGAUUGACCAAUUUAAGAUACCAUCAUCAUGUGAAUGUAUAAUUAGCAAUGAAAAUGAUUAUUAA